UUCAGCCAGGAGCAGCUGCAGGCCGGGGAGGUGCCCAUGCACUACGUGAGCCGCGCUGUGCACUGGGACCGCUACGCCCCCGUGCAGAUGGUGCCCUACCUGGAGCAGGCGCAGCGGGACCGGAGACACCGCCACCGCCGGCACCCCGAGCCCAGCUGCCCCGCACUGCAGCUCGCAGCGGGCGCUCACAGUGAAGCCAACGAGCGCUCCAUCUCACCCUGGCGAUACCGCAUCGACGAGGACGAGAACCGGUACCCGCCCAAGCUGGCCUUCGCCGAGUGCCUGUGCGACGGCUGCAUCGACACCAAGACUGGGCGAGAGACAACGGCACUCAACUCAGUGCUCAUCCACCAGACCAUGAUGGUGCUGCGCCGCAAGCCCUGUCCCCGCGGCGCCCCCGCCACCUUCGCCUUCGACGUGGACUACAUCCGCGUGCCCGUCGGCUGCACCUGUGUCCUGCCCCGCACUGCUCACUGA